AUGGCCGCCCCCAAGCCUGCUGGCCAGCCCCAGCUGCUCUUCGUCGAUGGAUCCUUCGAGGACCUCGCCACCGAGAUGGCCGACUACCUCAAGGCCGAGGACGCCAAGCAACUGUUGAGCCAGGACGCGAAGCCUUCGACUGAGGAUGUCGUGGCCAAGCUGGUCGCCGCCUCCAACGCCCUAAACACCGUCUCCGAGAAGGAGUACACUGCUGCCUCCAACCUCAUGAUCCACCUGGUCCUGCAGUCCUCCGAUCCCAAGAAGUACCUGCCCACGCUAUGCAGCACCUUCGCCAAGCCUCUGGUCAACUCGCCCGUCCACGGCGCCGGCCUGUCUCUCAACGCCCUGACUACCGUCUUCAACCUGCUUGCGCCAACCGACCCCGUUCGCGCGCGCGUCUUCAUGGAGAUCCUCAAGUUCCUGCGGGCGCACGGCAUGUACGAGAGCCUGCGACAGUACCUCGACAAGUUGCCUGAGUGGCUGGAGAGCUGGGCUACUGAGGUGGCCCUGCAGCGUCAGAUCUACGAGGAGGUGGCCGAGGUGGCCCUGGAGGCCGGUGCGCAAUCGCAAGGCUACGAGUAUAUCCUUAAGGCUCUGCGAACAUUUGAUGGCGAUGAGAAGGAUGAGGUCGCCUCCGAAGAGGCCCAGCGAUUGUCCCUCCGUGCCGUCAAGAUGGCUAUUCUCUCCAGCACCUACUUCCUCUUCCAAGACCUGCGAGCCAUUCCCAGCGUGCAGGCCCUCAGCGAUUCUCACCCCGUCUACUCGCAACUCCUCGAUAUCUUUGCGGAGCAGGACCUUGAGGACUACAACGACUUCAACGAGGAGCACGAAGGUUGGGUCGAGGAGGAGAAGCUGGACCACGAGAAGCUCCACCGCAAGAUGCGACUCCUCACCUUCGCCAGCCUUGCGGCCGCCACCCCCAGCCGCGAGAUCGAGUAUGCCAAGAUCACCAAGGCCCUCCGGAUUCCCCAGGAGGAGAUUGAGAUGUGGGCCAUUGACGUGAUUCGUGCCGGCCUCGUUGAGGGCAAGCUGUCGCAGCAGCGCAGCAUGUUCCUCGUCCACAAGGUCACCUACCGAGUCUUCGGCCAGAAGCAGUACCAGGAGCUGGCCACCCGAGUCGACCACUGGCGAUCAACGCUGCAGAGCGUGCUCGGAGUUUUGCAACAGGAACAGGCCAACGCCAAGGCGCAGAGGGAGCGUGAGCAGCAGGAGCUGGAGCGAAAGUUGAACAACACGGGCAUGGGCGGCCCGGACAGGCGCCGCCAGCAGCGCGAGCGCACCGACAAUGACGACUAA